AUGGCAGUGCAUAACAGUCUUUUAGUAUUUUUUACAGUAAUAGUUAGUAUCAAUAGGUGUUUCGUUAAUAGUGCAAUCACAACAUCUAAGACCGAUCUGGAAUGUGAAUUCCCGCCCAAAAAGGAGGAAGAUCUAACACAUGUACGGAGAAAAAGAUUGACUACGGAAACAGGGUUGGUGUGCCUAGAAGAUUAUCCCUACACCGUGUCUAUUAGAUUACACGGUAAGCACUGGUGCGGCGGAGCACUGGUGGGUAAACAGUGGGUGCUCACGGCGGCGCAGUGUUUUGACUACGUUACAAAAGAAGAAGUGUCCGUACGUAUAGGGUCAGUGUUUCGAGACUUCGGCGGUCAAAUACUUUCAGUUACGAAGAUCCAAACACAUCCAGAGUACAGAAUGGACCUGUACUACCCGGAGCACAAUCUCGCUAUGGUUAAGUUAAACAUGGCAAUAACACCAAGCAGUCGGAUGCAGCCAGUGGCGCUGGCGGUCGCAGAUGCUGAUCUCCCACCAAUGUUUGGGGAGACAAUUGUCACAGGAUAUGGAUCUGUGAUAUCUGGACAAAUUCGGGAAGGUGUAAAUCAGGAGUUGAGGCGGAUGAUCGUGAGAGAGGUGCCCCGGGCGGAAUGUCGUCUAGUUUAUGGAAAUGACUAUCAUCUCCAGCAUGACCACAUGUGUCUGCAGAGUAUUGUGAAGGGUGUCGCUCUAUGUGCUGGCGACACUGGUGAUCCAGCAGUUCACUUCAGUGGUAUGAACCGUGCAGGGACACUAUUCGGAAUAGCACUGUUCUCUGGAACUGAAGAAUGUGCAUACAAGUCGAAGCCAGGAGUGUUUGCUAAGGUAUCUUACAGUCGAUUAUGGAUUGACAAAGUUUUAGGAGAAACAAUAGAGCGAAACGAAAGCGCCGACAGUGGAGAAAAUGUCAUACAACAUGAUGAAGAUUAA